AUGUUAAUUUGUGUUUUGUUUUUUGUUUGUGUGGUGACAUCGCCAGCUGUAGCGAGAGUCACCGAGCCCAUAUCGUCCUCUUGCAAUUUAGACGAUCGGCAGCAGUUCGCCUGUCCAGAUGGAGUUUGUUUGGGUUUAGAACACGUCUGUGAUGGGAUCGACGACUGCUUAGAUGGGAGUGAUGAAGCAGCAUGCGAUCCUGAUGGAAGAAGCCACGUUCAAUCGGAAGACUUGGAAGUAUACCGGUAUAGAAGGCAGUCUGGAUGCAAAAAAUUCCAAUGGCAGUGUCGCGACGGGACUUGCAUUUCGUUCGAUGGCAAAUGCGAUGGGGCCGUAGAUUGUCCAGAUCGCAGCGACGAGACCCACGCCCUCUGUAGGAAAAUGUUGUGUCAACCGAAUUGGUUUCGCUGUACAUACGGCGCCUGCGUAGACGGCACAGCUCCAUGUAACGGGGUCACAGAAUGUGCUGACAACUCAGAUGAACUGCUUCCAAGAUGUAGAAAUGACACUCAAAAAAUGGGAGUCCAAUUUAAAUGCCAAGACGGAAGCUUAAUCUCAGCAUUCGACCACUGCGAUGGGACUCCGAAUUGUCCGGAUGGGUCUGAUGAGACUGUAGCAGCGUGUGCUGACAAAACCUGCCCUUCGUACCUAUUUCAAUGUGCUUAUGGAGCUUGUGUGGAUCAGGGGGCGGAUUGCAAUGGGAUACAAGAAUGUGCAGAUGGAUCUGAUGAAUCUGAUGAACUUUGCAACAGAAUUGGAACACCAGAUGUUACAAAGCCAACACCAACACCAAAACCAGGAAACUGUAUUCUUCCACCUUACCCUGAUCAUGGAACAUACGAAGUCUCCAAUCUCCCAUCUGCAAGACCUGGCCAAUCAUUUGGGAAUUACGUGAUAACAGUCAGUUGCCAACGAGGAUACGGACUCUUGGAGCCAGAUGGAGGUACAGAUGGAAAUGGUACAGAAACUGUGUACUGUCUCGGUGGAGUAAUGUACCAAGAUAUGCCUGAAUGCGUUCAAUUCUGCAGACUAGAUCCAGAUCCUAGCGUCCGUUUUAUGUGCCAGAUCCCAGGUACCAACGGAUUCAAGGCUUGCAAACAUUACGUAGCACCAGGAACCACUGUGAACCCAAUCUGCAACACUCCUAAUUACUAUUCGUCAGAAAUUCUUCGAUACAUGAAGUGUAUCGGUGGAUCUUGGGACUACAUUGCUCAAUGCAAAGCAGAAUGUGGCCGUGUAACUCCUGAAGGAGCACAGUUAGUUGUUGGUGGGUGGCUAGCGAAGCGAGGAGAAUUGCCGUGGCAUGUUGGCAUCUACCGUAAAACUUCGAAUCCUUUUAUGCAGAUUUGUGGAGGUUCCCUCGUCUCCAACAACGUAGUUAUAUCGGCUGCUCAUUGUUUCUGGAAUGACAUCACCAAGAAACAACCUGCGUCUAAUUACGCUGUGGCAGUUGGCAAGCUCUAUCGGCCAUGGAACAAUGAAAGAGAUGUUGAUGCGCAAAAGUCUGAUGUAAAAGAAAUAAAUAUCCCAAGCCUAUUCCUAGGCUCGGCGGCAAAUUUCCAAGAAGACAUAGCCAUCGUGAUCCUGGUCACACCAUUUGUUUACCAGACGUACGUGAGACCUGUGUGCCUGAACUUUGACACCAAUUUCGAAAGACGGCAACUGGUCCCAAAUAAAUUGGGAAAGGUGGCUGGUUGGGGCCUCACUGAGGAAAAUGGGAACGCCUCCCAAGUUUUGAAGGUAGUAGAAAUGCCUUACAUCAACAUAGAUACCUGCAUCAACACCCUCCCACCUUCUUUUAGAGAGUACAUCACUGGAGAUAAGAUUUGCGCGGGAUAUACCAACGGUACGGCUUUAUGCAAAGGCGACAGCGGUGGUGGUUUAGCUUUUGCAGACCAGGAGUUGGGGGUUGAUAGAUAUUAUUUAAGAGGUGUCGUGUCUACUGCACCGAAUAAUGAAAAUUUGUGCAAUGCUAAUACAUAUACAACGUUUACUAAAAUUACAAAACAUGAAGAUUUGAUUAAAGAGUAUCUUUAG